AUGGAGGUGUCGGCUGAAUACCAGAUUUCUGGACUACUCUGUGGGUUCCAGUCACAACUGGGGCCACCUAUCCACAAGGAAGGUCCUCAUCUACUUCAUCAAGCUCCCUGGAGUUGGAGUCAAUAUGCUAACUGCUUUCCUGAAGUCACACCAGGGAGAGCACAAGAACCCGUAUUGUCUACCUACCCUCAUCUCUGCAUCAGGUCCAAGCUCUUUCUCUGGAAAGAUGGCUACCAUGCUCUAUUCGGUAGCCUUCAUGCAAAGACACUUUCAACCCACGAUAUAGGAGUAAAGAAAACCUGGACCACUACUCUGACACUGUGGACCACAGCACCAAUUUGGACCGUUAUUCUAUACAUGGACCAGUAA